AUGGGAAAAAAAAGCCCCAUGUUUGACACCCUUCCUUAUACCAUUGAUAUGGUAUAUAACGAGGAUUACUCCGCAACCUGCGCGUACCGAGUUAAAGGGACGGACAAUUGCGCAAUUCAUUUGACCAAACGGAGUCUGAAAGAAGCCAACCACAUCCUGACCAGCAAUUUCUCGGAUUUGAGCAAACACCCAGAAGAACAGCGUCGCAGCCCUGCCUUCUUCAGGAUACUGCAGAACUUUGCUGAAAGUAGGCUCUGCCACAAUCAUGCCAAGCAUUUUGAUCAGGCUGCUUCGCAAUGGUGCGACGAAUACCAUCAAAACUACCGAGAUGUGGCGGAUACCUUGACGAGGUGUCUAGCUCUUCCCGGGACUCAAGUGCAUGGAGCGCCUUUGAAAGCUACCACUCCGAUGAAACCCCAGGUGUCUGUCAUCUCAGUCGAACUUGAUGAGCGUGAGUGCGACUCGGAUGAUGCUAGUUCUGUUGAGACCGAACAGGACGAAGAAGUCGAGGAUAGCGACAUUGAUGGUGUGACCACCAUAGAGAAGCCACUUUGUGGAACACCGCGGGGUAUUCUCGACCCGGAGUCAGCAGAGAUUCGGUCAAUCCAGCGCAAUCUGACUAUGAGUCAAGAGACGAUCAUGAACAGAAUCGCCUCUAAAAUCUGCCAGCCAGUGGAGGGGAAGUCGUCGAAGAAGGGCUGGAUAUACCUUUUGAGGGUCCCUAGCUUGGGACAAGGAAUGUAUAAAUUCGGGCAUACGACGUCAGAGCCUCCCAUGCACGAUCGAUGGGUUAAGCAUGAGAAGUGUUAUGGUCCAGUCCAGGAGAUUCUGACCUCUAUGACGCCUUGUGCCUACCGCUUGGAGCAGAUCAUUCUCCUGGAAUUCAGAAAUAACGAAUACCAAUUACAGGAGCCGUGCAAACAGUGCAAGUCAUCGGGCAAUGAAUCCGACAAGAAAUCCCCUCGUCACCACGAACUACUGAGGGUCGAAAAAGUUGAAGAAUUGAAGGAGAGACUGAACCAGUGGGUCUUUUUCUUCAGAGACGGUCCGUAUAGGAAAUCCGGCACGCUCAAUCGGAAACUUCUCGAAAACCUACCACCAAAAGACGAUGGCCUCAAACAAGCGAUUCAAGAUCUUCUCAAAAGCAAGAGGCGAACAUCUAGCGCCAAGAAAAACCCGCCUUCUAGCCAAAGGCAAUCACAGGCAUCAGUCCGGAACCCGAUUUUCACAGAUUCACAUGCGAAUGUCAGACCCCAAACACCGACUGCCGAGGACUGUGCAGGAAUCACGUCGAAUCUUCAGCACUUGCAUCUGAGCCCGUCGCCCACUCAGUCAAAGGCCACUCGGAAAGUCCCAAGGCGACGCGCGAAUAGUCCCAGGCCUUCGAAGGAUAAAGACAGUACUAAGACUGCGUCCGCAUCAAAUUAA